CACUAAACCUAAGAGGUUUGGCACUAACCAAAAAGUUAGUGAAAUACUGAUCAUCAGUAACAGCCCUUGUUCUCCAUGAUGGGAUAUUAUCAUGAUUCCAAUAUAAUAAGAAAGAUCUGUGUAUGUGCUGAUUUCUGUUUUAGCAGAUGGAUUUUGUGAAGUGAGUAUACUUAGCCAAGUUGAACUCUAAAUAUAGACUGAAAGGGGCAGUCUGUUUCAUAGCUAUCUUUAUGGGUACUGCAGGGCUCAACAGGUUCCUAUGGGAGUAAAAGUAGAGAGAGGAACUGCGAACCAAAUUUUCUUCACAUGAUUUUCACUGGCUGAUUUCUUCCGUACUGGCACAUUAUCUGAAUGUAAUUAUGUUGGCUCCGUGAUUGCGUUGGCUGCGGAUGUGCAUGUGGGGAGACAGCGGAGCAGAGCCAGCUCUGGUGAGGACGUGGCUCACAGACUCUGCUGCCUGGUGCCACGUGAUGUUCUAGAGGAAGGACAGUGGGCACAGCCAUCUGUCCUGAAGUUACUGCUGCACACCUAAAAAUCAUAUGCUAGAUACAAUGGAGAGGCCUUCCUUGGAAUUUAACCUGCCUGAUACUCAUGAAGAAGGAAAACUUUAUGUAGUUGAUUCCCUAAACAACCUAAACAAGCUAAAUGUUUGUCCAGAUGAAUCCCAACGUUCACUAGAUGAGGAGGAGAACACUGGUGGUACUGGAGAAAGGAUGGCAGGGAGCAACACAAGAAACCAGUGUUUGUUCUUUGUCAUCUUUAUUCUUACUUUGAUCGUCAGUUUGGCACUUGUUUCAUUUGUAAUAUUCUUAAUACUUCAAACUAGAAAUGAGGUGGACCAAAUAUCAAGCAGACUACUCUCUGAAAAGAAGAACAUAGAAGAGCUGAAGAAAAUUAACAGUAUUAUAUUAAAGCAUCUAAAUCAAUCAGGAAUUAAGGAAAAGCCUUCUGAUCUUCAUGAUUACCUCUUUACCCACGCUGAGCUCAAAGUCCCUGGAGAAUAGAUCUUCUUUGGAAAGAAAUUCAGCAUAUUCAUGACUCAGAUAUUUUCACAUAUGGCACACAGGUUGCUGAAACACUGCUGGAAAAGUCAGCUGAAUGAAAAAUAUUAGCAAAUAAUAUUUUAUCCUGUUUUAUGUGGACAUAGUUUUGUAAUACAAAGCCCAUAUGAUUCACAAUAAACAAUGGACUGUCAAUUUGGGGCAAGACUUCCAGAUUCUCUGUGCAUUGUAAAUUGCAGGAGUAAGGGCCUAGUUUUACUUUAAAUGUAAGUGAAUGAUCACCGAAAAUCACAAGUUCUAUUCAUAUGAUUCCAGCAUGACGUUGUUCACUUAAUCAUUCUCCUGUUACCUUUGUACAAGCUUUCUGUUUGUUUCUAGUAUUAUUUGUAAUUAAGGAUAACUUCAGAUUUCAUAACUUAUAAAUAAAUCCA